UUUCUUCAUGAAUACUUGCUUACCUGCUAUGCUAAAGUAGGUCGCGGUUCCUGCUGCCUGAACUGUGAAGUGCUUGAGCUGAGGUUUUGCCAUAUCCAAAUCUGGACGAGGCAGACACGGACACAACCCUUAAUAACUUUAAAGCAGAGCCUGCCAGGUGUUUGGAGCUGCUCAUCAAAGUUCUUGUCAUCUGUGGGAGGGCGCGCUUUUUCAUCCCACCAUCCACAUCACCUUCUCAUAGCAACACUCCCCAUUCCGAAGUAGGCCUUUGGAAGGAUUCCGAUACUCAACAUGAACUCGCCUACACCUCAGACUAUCAAUACACCUGCCGGAAAAGUCCUUUGCGUUGCCGAUCUCCGAGGCAAUAUUUCUCAGUUGAAUGAUCUCGUGGACCAGACUGGGGCGAAGCUGAUUAUCCACUGUGGUGACUUUGGUUUCUAUGAACGGGACAGCUUGAACCGAAUCAGCGACAGGACUUUGAAGCACCUGGUCCAGUACAGCACACUGAUCCCUCCAGCUCUGCGCACGCGUCUUCUGCAGUCGACGGUUACCCCGGACUUGCUGCGUUCACAGAUCCGGGCCUCGACGAACCAUAUCCUCUCAGAGUUGCCGUCGUACCUCGCAGGACAGAAGACCUUGAAGGUUCCCGUGUACACGGUCUGGGGUGCAUGCGAGGACGUGAGCGUGUUGGAGAAGUUCCGUGCGGGCGAAUAUUCAAUUCAGAACCUGCAUAUCAUUGACGAGAGCUCGACGGCGGUGAUCGAUAUCGGAGGCGUCAAGCUGAGGCUGUUCGGGCUGGGAGGAGCGGUUGCACAGCACAAGUUAUUUGAUAUUGGAGAAGGAACGACAACGAUUGCUGGAGGAUCGGGCACGAUGUGGACGACGGCUCUUCAGAUUGGACAAUUAGUCGAUACAGCUCAGAAGGUGUUUGAUGCGGCAGAAACACGUAUCCUUAUCUCGCAUGCCAGCCCUGGACGCGAAGGCCUUCUCGCCCAGUUGGCUCUUGUUCUCAAGGCGGAUUUCACCAUUUCGGCCGGAUUGCAUUUCCGUUAUGGCAUCUCCUAUAACGAGUUUGGUGUCCAGGGAGACCAGGAACUGUACAGGAACAAGCUUGUCAACUCGCAAAAGAACUUUAUGGAUAUGUGGGAUGGUAUCAAGAGCCAGGUCGAGAGUAAUCUCAGUGCCGAGCAGAGGAUUUUGCUGGAGAAUUGCUUGAGUGUUGUCAACCGCUUACCGGCUGUGAACACUCUGCCGACCGACAAGGACGAGGCGGCCUUCAAGAACAUGUGGAACUUCAAUUUGCCCGAUGCAGCUUCUGGGUUGUUGCUCUUGGAUAUCAAUCAAGGAAAGAUCGCUACCGAGACUAGAUCUCAGGGCUUCAACUUUUCGUAUCGCCGCAACAACGUCUCGCUCCGUUCUGGUUCACCAGCUAUCGCCUAAAGGGUAUCCUCAGCUAGGCCCUACUAUAACUUAUCUUAUUCCCCCUGGCUUUGACCAGAGCCAGCACGCACUUCAUAGACCAUACAUGUAUCAAAAGAAGAUACUCGUAGAAAAAAUAAAAAAGAACUAUGUCGAAAAGC